CGCCGUGACGCCAUUUCGUGGCGACCCGCGUCUGGUCGGCGCCGCCAUGUCCUUGUGGCGGGCCCGCUUGGGCCCGGCGGCCGCCGCCGCUGUCCGUGGCCGCCUGCGGAGCUCCGUCCUGCCGGCGGCAAGAAUUCACAUCAGCCCUAUGCGGAAUUUGCAGUAUGGCUGGCUGGCUUACAUAUUGGGAGACAGAACUUCUAAAAAGUUCACUGAAUAUAGCAAAAUCUUUACAGUGGAGGGCAGUUUAUGUUCUGGGAAGGGCAAGCUUGCACAACAACUAGCGGAAAAAUUAGGAAUGAAAUACUUCCCAGAAGCAGAUAUCCAUUAUCUAAACAGAAUCACAGGAGACGGAACAUUGCUGGAUGAGAAAUUUAAUGGUUUCUGUAACCUUGAGAGAUUUUACAACGAUCCAAAAUGCCCUGAUGGACACUCAUACAGACUGCAGGCUUGGCUGUUUGGUAACCGUGUUUUACAGUAUGCUGAUGCAUUGGAACAUCUGCUGUCCACAGGACAAGGUGUGGUGAUGGAGCGUUCUCCCUACAGUGACUUUGUGUUUUUGGAUGCCAUGUUUAAACAAGGCUAUAUCCACAAACGAUGUCUUGCUCACUACAAGGAGAUCAAAGAGGUCAGCAUCAGUGAAUUCCUACCACCGCACUUGGUCAUUUAUUUAGAUGUACCUGUCCCAGACGUGCAGAAGAGGCUUCAGGAGAAAGGAGAGCCGUAUGAGAGAAAGGUGUCUCCUCUGUAUCUCCAGAACAUUGAGGAUGCUUACAAGAAAACCUUCUUACCAGAGAUCAGUGAGACCAGUGAAGUUCUGCAGUACACAGCAAGUGAGGCAGAGGAUGUGGAGAAGGUAGUUGAAGACAUUGAGUACCUGAAGUUUGACAAGGGGCCAUGGCUCGAACAAGAUAAUGUUUCUUUCCAUCACUUGAGACUUUAUGUUCAGGACAAAACUGGAGUGCUGGAUGCUGUAGCUGUCCCUCACUUCAUUCCAGAAAUCACAAUUGGAGGCAAUGAAUAUGAUAAAAUCUAUUACGAAUUUCGAUCGCUUCCUGGCCGCUAUUUUAGUAAAGGCUACAAUGCUGAUGUUGGGGACAAGUGGAUCUGGCUGAAAUGAAAUCUGCCUCACUUGGGAGCCCUAACAGUGAUCAACCACAGAACUUGAAUGAAGAAGAAGCUGAGUUCAGUGUGCCUGCUCUGCAUCAAUUCUGUGUAGCACAAAGAAAAUGCUGGGUAAAUCAUCUUCCAGCCACAGCAUGAGAGAAUAGACUCCCAGAAGGCAAAUCAUUUUAUACUGGUUUGUUCUUCCCUGAUGAAUUUGGGAUGCUUUGUCUUUGAAUGUUUAAUAGUCCGUGUGUAAUAGAAAAGUGAUCUGGUAUUACAGGGGGCAGACUUAAGAUCAAUGCUGAACUUUUUCUUCAUCAAGACUGUGGCAUGUUGUUAUACAGGAUUAUUGUUGUUUUGCUGAAUCAAGACAAAUUAAACCUGUAUCCUCCUGGUUCUCACAAA